AUGGCCUUUGAAAAGGAAGACCCCCCAGACGCGCUAGUCAGAGGACUGGCAAAGGAAUGCGAAGAGCUCAAGACAGGUUUGGUAAUAGGCUGUGACGCCAACGCCCAUCACACCCACUUCGAGAGGCUGUUAAGCCUACACCUGAGAGCCACCAUAAACCCGGCACAACUGUCCGAGGCACAACACGCCUACACCAAGGGUAAGUCAACCGAAUCGGCGCUACAUGUCGUGGUAAGUAGCAUCGAGAAAUCAAUCAACAAUAAGGAGUACACACUGAUCGCAUUCCUAGACAUAGAGGGAGCCUUCAACAACGUACUACCAACAGCCAUAACAGAUUCACUCACAGAACUAGGUGUUGAGGCACAACUAGUGGGGCUGAUCCAUAAACUGUUGAUAAGCAGAAUGGUUACGGCCGCACUAGGGGCCUCAACUCAAACUAGACUAGUGAACAGAGGAACCCCACAAGGGGGCGUUUUAUCCCCCCUUCUGUGGAACAUCGCAGUAAAUAAACUACUGCGAAUUCUGGAAGGAGGAGGAUGCAAAGUGGUGGCAUACGCAGACGAUGUCGCCAUCAUAUUUAAUGGUAAGUAUCCACAAACACUCUGCGAUCUUAUGACCGCAAAGCUAAAAAUACUAUCGGAAUGGACGAUAAAAAACGGACUCGGGGUAAAUCCCUCAAAAACGGAGCUUGUUCUUUUUACAAAUAAGUACAAGAUCCCACAACUCAACCCACCCAUAUUAAAUAACUGCAAUCUCUCUUUUAGCGAACACGCCAGAUACCUGGGGUUGGUAUUAGAUAAGCGCCUUAAAUGGGGCUUAAACAACCAAGAGAGAACCAAAAAGGCAACCAUUGCACUUUACUCCUGUAAAAAAGCAAUUGGGCUAAGAUGGGGCAUGUCACCCAAAAUUGUAAACUGGAUCUACACAGCGGUAGUCAAGCCAAUCCUCCUAUACGGGGUGGCUUUAUGGUGGACCGCUCUACAAAAGCAAUGUAUCCUAACUCCACUAAACAAAGUACAGCGAAUGGCGGCUCUGUGUAUUAGUGGAGCCCUUAGAACUACCCCAAACGAAGCGCUGAAUGCGAUCCUGAACCUUCCGAGCCUGGACUUAGCAGGCAUGGAAAGGGCCAAAUCGACAGCCAUUCGUUUGAGGGAUACUGGGCAAUGGAAAGCCCAAUUUUACGGUCAUGCCAAUAUACUUCAGCAUGAUAAGUCGAUUCCGAAGAAAACGGACCUAUGCAAAUCUCAUGAGUACACACACACACCCUUCGAGGCCCUGAUCCCAGAUAGGGAGGAAUGGCAGCAGGGCAGACCAGGCUCGCCAGACGCAAUCUGCUUCUACACAGAUGGCUCAAAAUUGGACGGGCACGUUGGCGGAGGGGUAUACUCCGAACAAUUAGACAUCAGAAAGUCAUUCAGACUCCCGGACCACUGUAGCGUCUUCCAAGCGGAGGUACACGCUAUAAAGGAGGCACUCGACUGCUUAGGGAACACCAGCCUAAGUAGACACCUUAAUAUAUAUAGUGAUAGCCAAGCGGCUAUUAAAUCAAUCUACUCGACAAACACCAACUCACGAACAAUAGCAGACUGUCGCAAAUCUCUCCACGAGAUGGCUAGACAGUUACUAAUAUGGGUUCCGGGUCACCGGGACAUCGUAGGCAACUGCAUAGCGGAUGAGUUAGCUAGGCAGGGCACCAUCAUGCCUCUCCUUCCAGAAAAGGAGAGUGUCGGUAUGCCCAUGGCAACUUGCAAGCUAAACAUUAGAAAUCAAUUUAUUAAAAUAGCCAACACUAAUUGGCAGAAUGCACCAAAGUGCCGUAUCACUCACCAGACAUGGCCGAUGAUUAACAAUAAAAGAACGUCAGCACUACUCAAACUCAGCCGCACAGAGUGUGGUAUGUUAGUUAGGGCCCUUACAGGCCACUGGCUAGUCGGCACACAUGCCGGCAGGCUAAAAGCCCCGAAAAAUGACUUUUGUAGGAGCUGCAGGGAUGAGGAAGAAGAAGAAACGGUGGAACACCUUCUCUGCUUCUGCCCAGCCCUUUGCAGACUUAGACUGAAGCACUUAGGAUACCCCUUUCUUAACGAUCUGACCGAAAUAUCGGAGAUCAAGCUUAAGGACUUAAACUCCUUUGUAAAAUCUUCAGGGUGGAAGACAUGCUAA